GGAGCAUGAAGGAUGCCACGAAUUCCACCUGGGGGCGUCUUUGAGCUUGCCGAGUAGAUACCAUUAACAAAGCUCACCCUCCUAAGUUGAAAAAUUUAUGGACGAGAAAUUAUCAUUGAGAUUAAAUGGUGGCAGACAUGUCCAGGGAAUAUUGCGGGGGUUCAGUCCCUUCAUGAAUCUUGGGAAAGAUGGAUGUGUGGAGAUGGCAACUAGUGGGCGGCAGAACGACAUUGGAAUGGUGGUAAUUCCAGGAAAUUGUGUCAUCCUGUUAGAAGCCUUGGAAUGAGCAUUGUUAACAACGGGCGUGUUAUGGAAGAAACCAGUGGCUUCCACGUGUCCCCUCUCCAUAGCUCCUACUAUAUAAACGUUUUCCUACUAUAUAAAA